GUCAACAACAGACCGCUCUCCCAGGGCUACUUGACUUCCAUUGACGCGUUUUAAUCAAUCUAAAAACAAAAUGGCGGCCUUCACAACGACGAAACCACCUUAAGACACUGCUCUACAAUUUACUCCCCGAGACAGCGUUCUCCACCGCAGUGACAUGACCACUUGAGGUAAGGAUGGAGGGAAGUGGGGGCUAUCAGCACGUGCUGGACGCUAUCCUCAUACCGGCCGGAAUUAAGGUUGGCGGACUGCCGGAGGAACUGUUCCUGAAGCUAAAUGAGGAAGAAAGAGAAGCGGCGGAAUGUGCAAUAUGCUUCCUGGUCGCCAAUGACGUCAGACAGUGCCGUAACCGACACAAUUUUUGCGCCAGUUGUCUGUUUGCGUGGUCUAUGACGUCAGGAGCUAACUGUGACAAGUGCCCGGUUUGCAGGGCCCCGGGACCGUAUCACAAGAACACCAAACUAAACACUGAACUGCUGGAGAAGCGAGUGCAGUGCCUUGACGAAAAGUGCAAAUGGAGGGGACCUCUCAAGUUCUACCUCACACACCGGCAUGGUUUUGACAAAUUCAAUAAUUUUGGACAGGAUAUUCUAGAUGUCCCCUUCAUCAAUAGACCGUCAGGGCAAGGGGCACAUCAGCGAGGAACAGAUACAGGUCACAGUGGCAGCCUUACCGAUUUAACCACGAGCUCUUCCUCAGUCCAAGAUGUCUCCCUUCCCGAUGUUACCCGGGCAAAUAUGUAUCAGUUUGACAUCAGUAAUGAGCGUCUGCGGCGUGAGAGGAGGUUCACGCAGAUGCGUGCACAGCUACAGCACGGGCGCGCGCGCUUGAAUAGCAUGAUGGGAAAUUUCCACCACGAGCUCGAGCGCGGUCGGCGAUCAUUGGAAGAUUUUCAUCGCGAGAGAGAGGCUCAAAACCACGCGAACCUGGAAGAAGUCAACCAGAUAGGCCGACAUCUGGCGCAAGUGGCCAACAAUCUGAUUUCCUUGUUAGACUCCGUGAAUCAGGAGGUGAGACAGCAAAGAACUGUGCUGCAAUCCACAACACAGCACGAUGACCAACUGUUAAGGCAAAUGGACGCUAUGACAACCACGUUGACUGGCAGACAGGCCAGAGGAACGCCGCCACGGGGCGGGAGACCGGAUCAUUCCCGAAGAAAUAACGGAGCCUCUUAUACCCGAUCUAGUUUCCCUCAAACAAGAUUGUUACAGACGCCUAGUGGUACUCAGUCAUCGCCAAAUUCAGACCAACCAAACAUCAGCGCAUUAAAUUCAUAUAACUCCGAGCUUCAAAACCGCGAAAAUACGCCAACGCCACUAUCACAAGCCGACAUUUCCGCGGGUGUAAGGGAACGCCCACCGGCGCCAGCACUGCGACACCGCAGCCGUUUGGCGGGACUCCAAGGUCGCCAAGAGGCCGUUGUAGCACAGGGGCGAACGCUCCUCAGACCUGAGGCUAGCAGUCCUCGACCACCGACCUGUGAACCAGCCGAGGAGUCGGUCUCUCACCACCGCUUGUUAACCAGGAGGGACACGGCGCCCAGUUGUGUGUACGGAGUGAGUAGGGACACGGCGUCUGGCCGCCCCGGAACUCCGAGACGGAGAAUCCUGAAUAUCGACUGGAGCACCAUGCGCACGCCCCCUAACAGGAAAAACACAAGGCGGAUACCUAGGCGAUGACUAUACAAUAACGCAGAUUAAUGACGCGUCACAGAGAAUAUUAUCCUUUAGAUGUUAACAGAUCAGGCGGGGGAAGAAGCGCCAAUAUCACAGUGUUAACAGACUGGAGCUUUGGUGUUUUGGCGCAAAUAUUGACAAGUGAUGUGAAAGUUUUGUACAGAUGUACAGUGCAAAGCAAGGUCGCUAUCUAUGCACAGUCGAGGGAACUUAUCAAAGUAGUGACACCAUACCUCUAGAAAAAUUACUUUGAAGUGAUAUUUAUUAACUACUUAGCAGUUAAAUGUGGAAGACACUGCUAUUUACUCCGAUGUGCCGUUAGGUCUUAGAACACAGUCAAGGGCAGAGUGUUAGAUUUGAUCGCCAGAUGGAGCCACCAUCAAAAUGUGCCCAUUUCAAAUGGCCUCAUGACGUCAUUACCGCAUCAGUAUUAUACUAUCUAUCUCUGUAUACAUAUUAAUAUAUAUGUUAACAUAAAUCUUAACUUUCCUCAAAAUGUUCACGUGCCAAGAGUGUAUUCCCCCGUCUUUCCUCGGCAGAGAUGUCAUUUCUUAAAGAAAUACAUGCCAAUGUACAUACAGGUAGGAACUGUAAAUUAUAAGGCCUAGACAUUUUGCAGUAUUUUUUUUUUUUCA